GAGCACCAAAGGCGAUGUAUGUCUUCACGAGCGUUCAACAUUUAGGAUUACUCGGGUGAAGGAAAAGCCACCAUUAUGCUUUUUAAAGGAUUUCUCCUUUUUCUGCUGGCUGCUCCUGGAGACGUUGCUUCAAUAUCUUGUUAUUCGUGUAACAACGUUGACAAUUUAGACAGUUGUAAAACUAAAACAACAUGCGAGGAAAGACAGUCAUGUUUCACACGUUUAGAAAAGAAUGGACAAUCUGCCUCUUUCACACUUGGGUGUAUACAAAAUGAGUACUGCAGUAGCAUACCAGUAUACAGUAAUGUGUCAAAGUUGAGCAAUGGUCAACUGAUACAAGAAUGUGAAGAAUGCUGUGGUGUUGAUCAAUGUAAUAAAGACCUACAUGUAUGCAACAACAAAACCCCGCCACCUUGUAGCGAUACUAUAGAAAAUUGUGUAUACUGGGAUAAAGGUUUUGGUAUCUGUGAAAAUAUCCAUAAAGCUAAGUCAGUUUGUCGUAAAUUCUGCAAACUGUGUGAUCUAGUUGACGGUAACUGGGCAGAUUGGUCUUCAUGGUCAUCAUGUGACGUCACAUGCGAUCAUGGAAAACACACACGAAUUAGAACGUGCACAAACCCUGCACCUGCUUACAAAGGUCUGGAUUGUAAUGGAAACAACACGGACUUUAAACCUUGUACUCGGCCAUUAUGUCCAGUUCAUGGGGGCUGGGCGGGAUGGUCAAGCUGGGAGUCGUGCCCUGUAACCUGCGAUAUAGGUAUUCAAAAGAGACAUCGUAAAUGUACUAACCCGUCUCCACUUCGACACGGCAACCAUUGCUUUGGUGAAUCUAUGGAUGUAAAAUUAUGCAAGCAAAAGCCAUGUGAUGACUCUAACGGAGGUUGGUCAAUAUGGAACAAAUGGAACAGCUGUAGCGUAUCUUGUGAAGGGGGAGUAAGAAUCAGGUCAAGGUCAUGCACAAAUCCAAAACCAGGAAUUCAUGGAAGAUCAUGUGUUGGUGAUCCCGUGCAACAAGACACCUGCAACAAUACUGACUGUCCGCAUGGUUCAAGUGUUGCUUUUAAUGCCUACCAUGUAAAUGACUGCAGUCCAGCGAUAGGACAAACUAUUAUUUUUUCUAAAGUACUAACAAAUGAAGGAGAGGCAUAUAACAAGGUCAAUGGUAUCUUCACUGCACCGAAAGAUGGAUUAUAUACCUUUUUCGCACAGAUGUGUAUUUAUUCGGGUUUUAGAAUGCAUUUUGAGAUAGUGGCAGGAACAAAAGUUUUCGCAACAGCAUAUGGGUAUACUUACAGAGGUAAUGAGUGUUCAUCGGCACAGGCGAUUGUACAGUGCAAAAAAGGUAACAAAGUAUUUGUCAAAUGGAACACAUGGUCAUAUUCUUCAAUUUUCCUUGCCCAAGCUACCUAUUACAGAAAUUCCUUCUCUGGAAAAUAUAAUCUGUAAUUGUUACAAUAAAUGUACUGAUUUUCUUAUGAACUGAUAAACAUAAUAAAAACCACAAAGUUAAUU